AUGCUUUCAAGGGCCCGCCUUCUCUCUCUCUUAUCUCAUCUCAUCUCAUUCACCGCCUUUUUUCCCCUCUUCCUCCCAGCUCUUCCCGAGAACGAAGUCCGCCGCGUGUUCAUGCUGGUUCACAACGCUUCGAACCCCAGCCCGAAGAGCCUCUGUCACCCGGGGUUCAAUCUCCAGCGGCUCUUCCCCCUCGCCCUCCACCGCCCCCCCUCCCCCACCACUAAGGACAUGCUGCUGAGUGUUCAGAGUCACAUCGAGAUGCUGGCGAGAGAGUGGACGAGCGCCUGCAUCCCCGGCAGGUGGUCUCAGGAUCCUACUACGGAUCGCCAGCUCAAGCGGCGUUACAGUCACCUGUGCAACGCGUGCCCCGGCCAGAACUGCGACGGGGCGGACACCUACGCAGGCUCGGGCGCUCUUACGUGUCUUUUCGAUCGCGUGGCAGAUGCAGCCAUUGUCUCCGACGUCGACUUCCGCAGGCAGAGGGACGUGAAUCCCCAGGUGAAGGACUUAUACCACUUCUGCCGCGUCGGGAACGGCAGCGUGCAGCCCCUCGGACCAGCCACCGUCGACGAUAGGGAGCCGUGCGACUGGGGUCAGCGCCCCCCCUCAGUCCUGCUCACCCCCCCGUGCCGAAAGGAUUCCUGCCAAACCUUGCGAGAUCAGUGGGUCAGCGGGAUCAUUGGCCAUUCCGAGAGCGUGGCCCAGAUCCUUGGCCUUCCUUCGUCCACCAAGUUCGAGGCCAUGGAGACCACGCUUUCGCCCGCGAGGAUGAUUAAGAACGCCGGCUAUAAACUGGGCCGCAGCCUGGUCAAGAACCCCGUCCGCUUCUGCGUGACGAACGAAGCCGAGUUAGCCAAGUGCCGCGACCUGCAGAUGGCGGCGGAGGCGUACGGUGUCGGUGCCAAUGUCGGGGUCGACUGCGCCCUGGACACCAACGACUCGCACUGCUACCCGGACAUCUAUCUUGGAAGAGCUGAUGUCAUCGCCCUUGACGGGGGAGACGUCUAUCAAGUCAGGCAAGAUUAUGGGUUCGACCGCCUUCUGAGUGAAGUGUAUAACAGCACUUCGGGCAGGACGACGUCGUCAUACUACGCUGUGGCCGUGGUGAGGGCAGAAUCCAACAUCACUUAUUUCUCUCAACUCAGAGGUCGGAAGUCUUGCCACACAGGCAUCGGGAAGACCUCAGGCUGGAAGAUGCCCGUGGCCAUGCUUCUGAAGGAGCGGCUGAUCGACCCCCGCCACUGCAACUACAUCAACGCCGUCGCCGAGUUCUUCACGGGAGGCUCCUGCGCGCCCGGAGCCAAAUCCAGCAAGUACAACCCCAACGGCAACUAUGUGGAGUCGCUCUGCCGCCUCUGCAGAGGGGGCACGGACACCCACUGCGUCAGGGGGACCAGUGAGCCCUUCUACUCGUACUCGGGGGCCUUCAGAUGUCUGGUUCAGGGCGGAGGGGACGUCGCCUUCGUCAAGCACACGACCGUCCCAGACCACACAGAUGGACACAGCACUGCUUCGUGGACGAUGGGCCUUCGUUCAGACCAGUUCAAGCUCCUGUGUUCGACCGGAGACCGAGCGGCGGUGACCGAAUAUAAGACCUGCAACCUGGCCAUGGUUCCCGCGCACGAGGUCGUCGUGUCCGGGCGAAUGCGCGAGCCGAGAAAAGCUCUAGUGCGAGAUGUCCUUCUUAGCGUCUCCGAGGCCUUCGGCAGCGCCGCCCCCGGGAGCAAGACCUUCAGUCUCUUCGGGAAGUACCAGGGUAAGCCCGACCUACUCUUCAAGGAUUCGGCUGUGGGAUUAAAGGCACUGACUGAGGACACGACGGAGGAAAGGAGGAAUAAAGAGGACUAUUUUAAAAAGCUUGAUGAAUUGCAUUCUUGUGAAAUCCGCGUGUGUGCCUUGGAGGAUGAGAUGGAGGACUGCGAAGCCAUGGUCGCUGACAUGUGGGCAGAGGGGUACCGCUUCGUCUGCGCCAGUGCUAGGGACAGACUGGACUGCAUGAGGCGGGUGAAGCUCGGCCAAGUGGACAUGUCUCCUCUCCCCGGGCGUUACCUCGGGCUUGAUAACUUCCGCGUCUUCGCCGUCAUGAGGGACCCGGCCUUCGCUGCAGGUGAGUGUUGGCGAGGGUGGCGGAAUGGUGGCGCGGGGAUGGUGGUGGUGGGGGGGCUAAUGAUGAAGAGGAGGAUUACUUUUGUAAUAAUAAUAAUAAUAAUAAUAAUAAUAAAAAACAAAUACUCGUCCAUGUGCUCCAUGUGCAGGAGCAAAAGGUGCGACAAGAACGACGAAUACGCAGGCUACACGGGGGCCCUGCGGUGCCUGACGGAGGGAGGCGGCGACGUGGCCUUCUCGAAGCUGUCGGUGGUGAAAGACUACUUCCAGAACUCUCGCGCAUUCGACUCUGAGGCCUACGGUUUGCUCUGCCGCGACGAUAGAGUGGUGCCCAUCUUCUCUCCUGAGGCUGAGGAGUGUUACUGGGCUGCGCGGCCCUGGGAUGCUUACGUCACCUCGGUUGAUGCUAGCACCCAUUCACGCUCCGUAAACCUACCUCACGCCCACCCGCCCACCUCCCUUUUACAGCUGAAGCGCGAGGGCGUCAUCUCCCCCCCCUGCGACGCCCACCAGUCCGCCCUCGAGCACGAGAUCGCCGGCGUGGCCACGACCUUCAACCGGGCCUGCGUUCCUGGCGACUGGUCGUCCUCGGAGAGCUUUGACAGAGAUCUCAAGAACAAAUACUCGUCCAUGUGCUCCAUGUGCAGGAGCAAAAGGUGCGACAAGAACGACGAAUACGCAGGCUACACGGGGGCCCUGCGGUGCCUGACGGAGGGAGGCGGCGACGUGGCCUUCUCGAAGCUGUCGGUGGUGAAAGACUACUUCCAGGUGGAACUCUCGCGCAUUGAGGCCUACGGUUUGCUCUGCCGCGACGAUAGAGUGGUGCCCAUCUUCUCUCCUGAGGCUGAGGAGUGUUACUGGGCUGCGCGGCCCUGGGAUGCUUACGUCACCUCGGUUGAUGCUAGCGACUCCAAGGCCCAGAAGCUGUUCUCGGCACUGACGCAGGCGAGGCUGAAGGGCGAGGAGAACCUGAAGGCUCGCAAGUGGUACUCCAGCACACUUGGAAUCAAGCAGAACCUUCAGGACAUCUUCCCCAUCUUAGAUAACGUCACCACUCAGGAAUUCUACGGCAAGACACAGAUGAACAUUGUGGAAGCUGAGGAGAUGUGUCCUGAGAAACCCGUGAGGUUCUGCGGGAUACAAGCGGACGAGCUGAGCAAAUGCACAGACUUGGAAGCUGUUCUCAAACUGCGCGGCGUCUCUCCUCCCUUGCAAUGCGUCAUGGGCACCACCCUCAAUGACUGCCUCAACCUCAUCACACGCAACAAGGCAGAUCUAAUGACACUCACUGACAAGCAGAGAUUCAACACGCAUCAAGCAUACAACCUAGUAAGCCUUUUGUCUGAGAACUACGGCCAAGCUAAAGACAGUCUAUACUACCUGUUGGCUGUUGUUUCAAAGUCAUCUGGAAUCAAUUCAACGAGUGACUUGGCUGGUAAAACGUCAUGUCAGAAAUCGAGAAAUGGCACAACAGCUGAUCAAAUUGAUGCCGAACUUAAGGAAUGUCUCAGUGGCUCAAGUGAAUUCUUCCAAAGCUUCAGAGAUGCAUUCGUAUGUCUUAAUUUAGGACACAAGGACGUGGCCUUUGUCAAAUACCCUGCAACUGAACCUACAGACACAGAACAACUUGAGAACUUGGACAGCGACAACUAUCAGCUGCUGUGUCCUGUUGGCGUUGCUCCUGUCCAUGAAGAUCACCUUAAGGAGUGUAAUCUUGGGCGGAUUCCUGCUAAUGUGAUUGUGACACGGCAGACGGAGACAGGAGCUAGCAAAGAGAACAUGAGACACCUGAUGUUGACUGCUGCGGAAAACUUUGGAAAGUCUGAUUCCUUCUUUAGACUUUUUUAUGAAUAUUUCUCUUCAAAGGAUCUUCUUUUCAAGGACCAAACCACAGACCUGAGUGUGCUUUCAGACGAACACUACCAGACUGAGGUUAUGAACAUGUUCUCUAUGGCUUGCAACCUUUAUAGUCACCAUAUUCGCACAAGCUCUUGGCUCAAUACGUAGAAAGACUUUCUUUUGAGCAAUUGUACUCUUAUUUUUCUUCUGGGAACAAAAUCUGGGAUUAUUUAGGACUGUCUUGUCUAGCAUUCUCUUUGGAUACUCCCCUUUCUACUACUUAUUGGGAAGGUCAUAAUUCCUUUUAUUCCUUUUACUCUUUUCUGAACGGAUAUAAGAUUACUUUCCUCAAAGUAAUAUCUGCCUCAAAUAAGGUCAAAGGAAGAGCUAUAGGAUUGUUGGAUGAUGCUAUAACAAAAGCAGAUGUACGACAUUUGCAAUUACUGAAAUUACUCUGAGGCAUUCUGUAUGUUCACUACCUUGUAGGUACUACUGAAAGAUUAAGUAAAAAUUAUAAUUAAAUAAUGUUAUAAAUUCAUGGUAAUGAUAGCCUGAAUCCCCAAGUUUUAUUAUGAUUCUUGUUACAUUCCCAAGUUUGUGUCAUUUAUAAUAAAUUUAUAAUGCUUAAACUGUAUCCAUACAAAGGAAAAGAGCAGUUUCCAGGUUCAAGCUUUGGCCACCACUGGUCUCACUUGUUUUGUAUCCAAACGAGAAGACCAGGUGUAUGCAUUUUGAUGGUUUGCCUACAUUUCCUUGCCUGUGGUGUCAUCUCCACAACCCAUUUUUCAGACGGGUGAAAUACAUGAUUUGAUAACAAUGCUUGGACUGCAAAGGCUCUAACCCAUGUGUGAUACAGCUUUACUUUUUUUUGUAAUUUUUACAAAUGGUGUAGAUAUCAUUUACCUGUUGAUUAAACAUAUAUCGUUUUAUAAUAAACUGAAAUAGCUCUGAAGAUUUGUAAGGGUUAUUAUGAAAAUGAGUAACUGUUGAUAGCUUGCAAACUACUAUAUAUUUGCACAGGUACAUAAAACAAGUAUAAUGCAGUGUCCUCUCCACAUCCAGUGUAAUGAAUGCCAGUUUUAAAUGUAUUUAUAAUACAUGACAAUAUGUGUCAACAGAUACAAGAGUCAAAAAUGGUGGUUCACAAACUGGAAGUGAAGGCGACAUACUGAAUGAUAUAUGAACAAAAAUAUGCUUAGAACCUGUAAGAAAAAUAUAUGAGCUGUAUAGUCAUCAGGAUGUUUAUAUUAAUUAUCUGCUUCUUUGGGGCUGCUAUGUUUCCUAUUAAUUAUUGUUGAAUGAUGUUCAUUCACUAUAUAUGUUAGAUGCAAUAUGUUGUUUGAUAUACACUGAUAUACAUUCACAAGGAAGAACUGUGCAUUAUAGAUGUGUAAUUAUGAUAUGUCUGUGCCUGUCCUGGACAUAUACAAUUAAAUGAGGAAUGUUAAUGCUCAGGCAGUUAAGAAAAUUAGGCAACUUUUGUGAGAAAACACUUUUUUACAUUUGUUGCUUACAGUUCCCAGAUUGAUUUUGCACUCAAUAUCCAUGUAUUUCCUGUAACCAGUAAAUUUAGUUUGUAACAAAACAUGUACAGCACAGAAUACUGAAAGACAAAUGUAACUUACAAACAGAAUAGCAGUAACAUGGGUAAUAAUAAAACCAUAAGAUCUGAAGAA